CCAUUGGAAACGGUGAUAUAUCCUGGGUUACGACAAUGGUGUUGGCGAAUGGAAAACUGCAUGCGCCACUACGCAUGAGUUUACACUACUUCCUCGUUUACAAAACCGUACGGCUCCAACUAAAUUACACCUUUCGAUUGUUAAGGAGUGGGUGCAGUGGAAACCACACAUGUUUACCUAUCAGACAGUUGAACAUCUCUCGUAAUAGAAUGGACUCUGAGAAGAACAUUGAAAAUAGGUCUAUUCACUCGGACAACGUCGAGGAAGUUCAUAACGUGCCAAUGGAAGUUAUCAUACGACCAAUCCCUCCUCUACUAGAUGAGUCCAAAGUUCAGAGCCUUAUGGGUACAAUCCAGGAAUCUACAGACAUCAGCAUUGUUCCUCCUAUUGAUAUACUCUGGAUCAAGGGCAGGGAAGGAGGGAAUUACUACUACUCCUUUGGAGGCUGUCACCGGUUUGAGGCAUACAAACGGUUGAAAAUGAACACCAUUCCAGCAAAGAUCUUCAAAUCAAAUGUUGCAGACCUACGCACUUACUUGGGCUCUUCAACCCCAGACCUCCACUGAAUUUUGGGCAGUAGGGUAGCCUAGCAGUUAGAGUGUUGUACUAGUAACCAAAAGGUUGCAAGUUCAAAUCCCUGAGCUGACAAGGUAACACUGUUGUUCUGCCCCUUGAACAAGGCAGUUGAAAAUAAGAAUUUGGUCCUAGUGAAAAAAAAAAGUUGAAUUAACUGAGGACUGUUUUUGAGUCAUAGUCAGUAUGAGGACUGUAGAUGUGGGUAUACUCUACACGGAGUGUACAAAAAAUUAGGAACACCUGCUCUUUCCAUGACAGACUGACCAGGUGAAAGCUAUGAUCCCUUAUUGAUGUCACUUGUUAAAUCCACUUCAAUCAGUGCAGAUGAAGAGGAGGAGACAGAUUUAAAGAAGUAUUUUUAAGCCUUGAGACAAUUGAGACAUGGGUUGUGUAUGUGUGCCAUUUAGAGUGUGAAUGGGUAAGACAAAAUAUUUAAGUGGUGGUAGAUGCCUGGUGCACCAACUUGAGUGCGUCAAGAACUGCAACGCUGCUGUUUUUUUCAUGCUCAACAGUUUUUUGUGUGUAUCAAGAAUGGUCCACCACCCAAAGGACAUCCAGCUAACUUGACACAACUGUGGGAAGCAUUGGUGUUAAUAUGGGCCAACAUCCCUGUGGAAUGCUUUUGACACCUUGUAGAGUCCAUGCCCUGACGAAUUAAGGCUGUUCUGAGUGGAAAAGGGGAGUCAAUAUUAGGGAGAUGUUCCUAAUGUUUUGUACACUCAGUGUAUGCAGAUCAGGGGUUUCAGUUAUUGUUUGUAAGUACUGGCCAGCAGGUGGAGAUGUGACUGUUUUAUAUCAUGCCAUUAAAUUAAUUUCCCUCAUGUAUCACCUUAGACGCCGAAAGCUGGAACAUUAUAUUUCCACAUACAAAUAGCCCCAAUUAUAUAUCAUGUAUAGAAUAAAAAAAGAUUCAUGAAGAGAUUAACUUAAUUUGAAGUUGUAAACUUGCUUGUAUUCUAUACUGGCUGGUGUUUCUAUCUGCAAUGUAAAUGUUAAGUUAAAUGAUUAUGAUGCAAUUAAAGACAGUGUAAAGUCAACAACAAGACCUAAAUAAUUUAUUGAAGUCAAUGGAAGAUUUGAACGAAAACCUGAGUUAACCACACAAAUCUAAAGUCACAAUAUGGCCCUGCGUCUCCAUUAGUCCGUGAUAUGAGCUCAUGGACAGGAUGACGAGAAGAGGUCAAGGGUCAGAUUCCAUAAGAACAGAGUGCCUCCAAGCUCCAGACUUACUGAAAAAAUAGUUUUUUUUAAAACAGGAUUAACUCGCUCCACACUACAGGAUGCUAUUUUGAGGUAUGCAUGCCCCCUUCCUCUCUGUGGCUGGCCAUUGGUCUUACUCAGCCAACCAAAGUCUGUUUAAAGGACGCCUUUUGUUAACCUCGUAACCUCCUCUAGGUUGUGUUUGCCAUAGUCGGCGAGGGAUGAGGAGUAUUUUUAACUUUCUCAGGGGAUGUUUGGCCGAAGGUGAAUUCAUAAGGAAGAAAACCUUCACAACAAGGCCCCAUUUUUCUUUUGCUCUUUGAUUUCUAAAUAUGUCUUGACAUAUUUUUGUCUAGUGGGGUCAUUCUUGGAUGUUAUUUAUGUCAAUUUAGGGGCAAUAGGUCUGUAUAUCUCCAGAGAAAAAAGUUCAGUAUAGUCUCUUCAAGGACAAAGAAGUGCAUCACUUUGGUAUGCAGGUUUACGUACAGUUGUUGGAAGUUGGCAAAUACAUUUAAACUCAGUUUUUCACAAUUCUUGACAUUUAUUCCCAGUAAAAAUGACCUGUCUUUGGCCAGUAAGGAUCACCACUUUAUUUUAAGAAUGUGAAAUGUCAGAAUAAUAGUAGAGAGAAUAAUUUAUUUAAGCUUUUAUUUCUUCCAUCACAUUCCCAGUGGGUCAGAACUCAAUUGGUAUUUGGUAGCAUUGCCUUUAAAUUGUUUAACUUGGGUCAAAUGUUUCAAGUAGCCUUCCAUAAGCUUCCCACAAUAAGUUGGAUGAAUUUUGGCCCAUUCCUCCUGACAGAGCUGGUGUAACAGUCUGGUUUGUAGGCCUCCUUGCUCGCACACGCUUUUUCAGUUCUGCCCACACAUUUUCAAUAGGAUUGAGAUCAGGGCUUUGUGAUGGCCACUCCAAUACCUUGACUUUGUUGUCCUUAAGCCAUUUUGCCACAACUCUGUACGUAUGCUUGGGGUCUUUGUCCAUUUGGAAGACCCAUUUGCGACCAAGCUUUAACUUCCUGAUUGAUGUCUUGAGAUGUUGCUUCAAUAUAUCCACCUAAUUUUACCUACUCAUGAUGCCAUCUAUUUUGUGAAGUGCACCAGUCCCUCCUGCAGCAAAGCACCCCCACAACAUGAUGCUGCCACCCCCGUGCUUUUCGGUUGGGAUGGUGUUCUUCGGCUUGCAAGCCUUGCCCUUUUUCCUCCAAACAUAACAGUGGUCAUUAUGGCCAAACAGUUCUGUUUUUUGUUUCAUCAGACCAGAGAACAUUUCUCCAAAAAGUACCAUCUAAAUCAAAUCAAAUUUAUUUAUAUAGCCCUUCGUACAUCAGUUGAUAUCUUAAAGUGCUGUACAGAAACCCAGCCUAAAACCCCAAACAGCAAGCAAUGCAGAUGUAGAAGCACGGUGGCUAGGAAAAACUCCCUAGAAAAAAAUCAAAAUAAAACACCAAGAUAAGGGUCUCCAUCCAUCCAUAUCUCUAGUCUUUGCAAGCUCAGACCUGCCUCUUCGUCUCCCUCUGCAGCCGUGGAGGAAGUGAAGGGAGACUGGGGGCAGCUUUUGCUGAAUAAAUCUAAAGGACUAAAUUUCUCAAAAUAAUCGUCGUGUGUGAGACGAUUUCCUGUUGCUCCCUCACUGCCUGGAAGUAACCAUAUCCUCACAGGGUUUUCGACACGCAAAAUCCUUGUUCAGAAUUUUUUUUCUUAACGUCCAUGGCCUUUAGAGAUUGCACCUGUUACUUUAGGGGGUUCAUUCCAUGGGUGCUAGAUGCUGUAUCUUUGAGGUUUUAAAGACGAUAUGGGGAUCAGGUGGAAAGUUGAAUGAAGUGUUUAUUUAGAGACAGUGUGGUCCCAUUCUUUCUCAUUCUUGCUCUUUCUGUUGUUGCUUCUAAAUAGCCAACAAUACAUUUUGAAUUAGUAAUCUCUAGUAAUGCAGUGGUUCAUGUGUUCUAUGUUAACUUCUUGAUCACUGGUGGGUCUGCAACAUGAUCCAUUCCAGUUGUGAAAUAAAAAAA